GUGGUUUCUCUACACAAAGAUAGACAAGCGCACGCCGCGUGAGACGAGCCGGACCGCUGCUGGAUACACACGAGCUUCUUCAAAAUCACAGAAGAGACAUCCACCCCUCAUAGCGGUAUCCGAAUCAGUUUUUCAAGAAAACUUUAAGCUUAUUCAAAGGAAUUACUGUCUGGAUGGUGCGAUGGGGACUUCAGCUGGGUGUUGGAGAGCAUACGCGUGAAUGAAGAGCAUCUCUACAGAGUCAGUGGUACCCAGAGCACCAAACACUGGACAGGACCUAAAUACAGAUGGAUACUUUUUUUGUUGAGGGAGCCCGUGUGUGGGUGCGGGAUAAGGAGCAGCUUCUGCCCUCCACCAUCAGCUGCUGUGAUGACAGGACACUCAUCCUCACCACAGACUAUGGAGAGGUGAUAACUCUGGAUCAGGGUGAGGUGAACAGACUCAAGGUUUUCCCCAUGCAUCCCACCAGCAUCAGUGGAGUGGAGGACAUGUCCACUCUGGCCGAGUUACACGAGGCCGCAAUCUUGCACAACCUCUUCCUGCGAUACCAGAAGGACCUCAUUUAUACUAACAUUGGCUCCAUCCUGGCAGCUGUGAAUCCUUAUAAGCAGAUACUAGGUCUGUAUGACGCCGAGGCAGUGGAUGUGUACAGCAGACAUCACCUGGGUGAACUACCUCCACACAUCUUUGCUGUGGCCAAUGAGUGUUACCGCUGUCUGUGGAAGAGACAUGACAGUCAGUGUGUGCUCAUCAGUGGAGAGAGCGGUGCGGGGAAAACAGAAAGCACCAAACUGCUGCUGAAGUUCCUGUCUGUCAAGAGUCAGAGCUCCUCAGGCUCUCCGCUGUCAGAGAGGACCACCAGAGUAGAGCAGGCCAUCGUACAGAGCAGUCCAAUAAUGGAGGCGUUUGGAAAUGCAAAAACCGUUUACAACAACAACUCCAGUCGCUUUGGCAAGUUCAUUCAGCUUCACUUCUCUCAGAGUGGAAAUAUCCAGGGGGGAUGUAUUAUUGAUUAUUUACUUGAAAAGAAUCGAGUUGUGCGGCAGAAUCCGGGAGAGAGGAACUACCAUAUUUUCUAUGCAUUGUUGUCAGGUGCUAAGUAUGAGCAAAGAGAAAUGUACAUGUUGGCUGAUUCUCCUGAGGCGUAUCAUUACCUCAACCAGUCCGGCUGUGUGAAAGACAGAAGCCUGGAUGACAAACACCUCUAUGAUAGUGUGAUGGAAGCAUUGAAGGUGAUGGAAUUCACUGAGGAAGAGAUCCGUGAUGUCUUCAAGCUGCUGUCUGGGGUCUUACAGAUCGGAAACAUUGAGUUCAUGACUGCAGGGGGUGCUCAGAUCACAACUAAAGGAGUGGUCAGUGUCGUCAGUGAUCUUCUGGGACUCGACUGCUUUCAACUGUCUGAGGUUCUGACUCAGCGGUCCAUGAUCCUGAGAGGAGAAGAGAUCUGCUCACCCCUCACUGUAGAACAGGCAAUUGAUUCCCGGGACUCUGUGGCCAUGGCAUUGUAUUCCCAGUGUUUUUCUUGGAUCAUCACCAGAAUUAACCAGAAGAUCAAAGGGAAGGACAACUUCAAGUCCAUCGGCAUUUUGGACAUAUUUGGCUUUGAGAACUUUGAGGUGAACCGGUUCGAGCAGUUCAACAUUAACUAUGCCAACGAGAAGCUCCAGGAGUACUUCAACAAGCACAUCUUCUCCCUGGAGCAGCUUGAAUAUAACAGGGAGGGGAUACACUGGGAAGCCAUUGACUGGAUGGACAACGCAGAGUGUUUGGAUCUGAUCGAAAAGAAACUGGGCAUGUUGGCUCUUAUCAAUGAGGAGAGCAGAUUCCCUAAAGGCACAGACUACACCCUGCUGGAGAAACUCCACAGCCGGCAUGCCACAAACCCGUACUAUGUGAAACCAAGAGUGGCAGAUCACCAGUUUGGUAUUAAACAUUAUGCAGGAGAGGUAUUGUAUGAUGUGCGUGGCAUUCUAGAGAAGAACAGAGACACAUUCAGAGAUGAUAUUCUCAACAUGCUGAAUGACAGCAGGCUUGACUUCAUCUAUGACCUGUUUGAGCGUGUUGGUAGCAGGAAUGGAGACGAGACUCUUAAGAUGGGCACUGCCCGCCGCAAACCCACUGUCAGCUCUCAGUUCAGGGACUCUCUCCAUUCACUGAUGGCCACUUUAAGUGCCUCCAACCCUUUCUUUGUGCGCUGCAUGAAACCUAACAUGGAGAAGAAUGCAAAUAAAUUUGAUGCAGAUGUUGUUCUAAAUCAGCUACGUUACUCUGGAAUGCUGGAGACAGUGAAGAUCCGUAGAGCAGGCUUUUCUGUACGGAGAACCUUCCCAGACUUCCUCAGCAGAUACACAAUGAUCCUGAGGGACAAAAACCACACGGCGGACGAGAGGAAGAAAUGUGCAGAUCUACUGAUGAAGUAUGAAGUCACAAAAAAAGAGUGGCAGCUGGGAAAGACUAAGGUGUUCCUGAAAGAAGCUUUGGAGCAGAGGCUGGAGAAGCAAAGAGAAGAGGUGCGCACAGCGGCUGGUAUGGUGAUCCGGGCCCACAUACUAAGUUAUGUGGCAAGAAAAAACUAUAAAAAAGUCCGGACCAGCGCCAUCACUAUCCAAAAGAACUUCCGCGCUCACUUCUGGAGACAAGCUUUCCUGCAUUUCCGCUCCGCUGCAGUGGUCCUCCAGAAACACAUCCGUGGACAGAUCGCUCGACAACUCUACCGGCAGCUCUUGGAGGAAAAACGGAGGAGAGAAGAGGAGGAGAGAAUCAGAAGAGUGGAAGAAGAAAGGAGACGACAAGAGGAGCUGAGGAGGCUUGAGGAAGAGAGACUGAGACAAGAGGAAGAGAGAAAGAGGGAGAAGGAGGAGAGGCUUCAAGAAGAGGAGCGGAGAAGGAAAGAGGAGGAACAGGAGGCUUUGUGGAGACAGCAGGAAGAGGAAGAGCUGAAGAGCAAACAGAAACAGGAUAGAGAGGCAGGGCACGGCAGGAGUCUAGUGGAGAAAAAUCAUCACAACCACAAGGACGUGUCCCACAGCCUGUGCCAGUACUCGUCUGAAGAGGAGAGUCGUCAGAUGGAGGAGAUCCUGCGGCUGGAGCGGGAGAUCGAACGGCUGCAGAGACAAAGAGACGAAGGGGUGUCCUUGCUGAACGGCAGCUCCAGAGACGAGCUGCGACAGAAGAGUGACGCCGAGAUCUACCGCCUGGAGAAAGAGGCUUCACGUGUGGCCACUGAGUUCCUGGAGAUGCUGGACUUCGGAGGAUUGGAGCAGUCGCCCUCCAGUGAGGAGAAUCUCCACGACCCGUCAGAGACCACCGCACCUCUGGCCGAGGAGGAGGUGGAUGAAGGCUUCCACGCGGAGGAUGAGUGUAUCCCGCUCUGUGACUUUCCUCUCCCAUCUGCCGUGCCCAUGGACAAAGAGAUUCUCUCCAGUCUUCCGCCUCCACCACCCGCCUUUGCUGAAGGUGUGGCGGCCACGUCCUCACCUGCACGGAUGGAGAGGCCAAAAUCCAAUUCCUCCAUCAAACAAAACAGACUUUCAGACAUCCCCCCGCCUCCAACUACAGCUCCACCCCCUCCUCCACCUUCACUGCCGUCAACCACAGGACAUUACGGAUUGGUGUAUACAAAUGCCAGGAAGACGGUAACAGAGAUUGUACUGCCAGUGGAGGAGACCAGCUUCAGUAUUCUGCCUGACACCGAGUCGGACUAUGAUCAAGAGGAGUUUGAGGAGGCGCUGGGGAGUUGUGGGGACGCAGGAAGUACUAAUGAUGGACACCUCACUGAUGAGGAAGUGCUACAUAGAUCUUCCUGUACCUACAACAGCACAGACUCCUUUAGAGGAAGUUCAGACUCAUUGAUUGACAGCAAUGAUGAGAAUGAUGGAUAUGUGGACACAGACGAGGAGGUGUCCAAUGGUAGAGUGCAUCUGCUAAACGGAAGUGGACCGCCUUAUUUCCACAGCUACCUGUAUAUGAAAAGUGGGCUGAUGAUCCCGUGGCGCAGGCGCUGGUGUGUUUUGAAAGACGAGACUUUCAUGUGGUUCAGGGCGAAGCAGGAUUCUCUCAAGUCAGGCUGGCUGUACAAGAAAGGUGGAGGAAUGUCCACUCUGUCCCGCAGAAACUGGAAGAUGCGCUGGUUCGUCCUCCGAGACUCGAAACUCAUGUAUUUUGAGAACGACAGUGAGGAGAAACUGAAGGGAACCAUUGACAUUCGAGCUGCAAAGGAGAUUUUAGACAACCAUGAGAAGGAGAAUGCACUGAAUAUUGUGACCGAAGACAGGACUUUCCAGAUCUAUGCAGAAUCUCCUGAAGAUGCUAGUGGCUGGUUCAGCGUGCUGAGCCGCGUCCACAGUGCCACUCCAGAACAGCUUCUGCAGAUGCAGCACGAACAGGCCAACCCCAAGAACGCAGUCGGAACACUGGAUGUUGGCCUUAUUGACUCUGUAUGUGCCUCCGACAAUCCGGACAGGCCAAACUCAUUUGUUAUAAUCACUGCUAAUCGCGUGAUCCACUGCAACACUGACACACCUGAGGAAAUGCACCACUGGAUCGGCCUUCUGCAGAAGCCUAAAGGAGACUCCAGAAUAGACGGCCAGGAGUUCAUAGUGAGAGGCUGGCUGCAUAAAGAAAUGAAGUCCAGUGGGAAGAGCACAUCUCUCAAGCUCAAGAAACGCUGGUUUGUUCUGACCAAUAACUCACUGGAUUAUUAUAAAUCAUCAGAGCGCAGCAUUUCCAAACUGGGAACACUGGUACUCAACAGCCUUUGCUCGGUUGUUCAGCCUGAUGAGAAAGUUUACAAGGAGACAGGGUACUGGAACAUAAUAGUCCACGGGAGAAAGCAUUCAUACCGUCUCUACACCAAACUACUGAACGAGGCCAUGAGAUGGGCUUCAGCCAUUCAGGUGGCCAUUGACAACAAGGUUCCCAUAGAAACUCCUACCCAGCAACUCAUCCGAGAUAUCAAGGAGAGCAGUCUUAAUGUGGAGGCUGUGGAGCAGAUGUACUGGAGGAACCCCAUCCUGAGAUACACACAGCACCCGCUGCACUCGCCCCUGCUGCCUCUGCCUUAUGGAGAGGUCAAUGUCACCCUGCAAAAGGAGAAAGGCUACACCAGCCUGCAAGAUGAGGCAGUCAAGAUCUUUAACUCGUUACAGGAGAUGGAAGCUGUGUCAGACCCAAUGCCCAUCAUUCAAGGCAUCUUACAGACAUGUCAAGAUCUGCGGCCGCUCAGAGAUGAAGUCUAUUGUCAGCUGAUCAAGCAAACCAAUCAUGUUCCUCAACCCAACAGCCCUGCCAACCGUGUACACUGGCAUCUGCUCACCUGCAUGAGCUGCACCUUCCUGCCCAGCCGCGGCAUCCUCAGAUACCUCCGCUUCCACCUGAAAAGGAUAAAGGAGCUGUUCCCUGGAACAGAAAUAGAGAUGUUCGCUGUGUUCAUUGGCGAGUCACUGAAAAAGACAAAAGUGCGGGAGUUUGUGCCAUCGCAAGAGGAGAUCAUCGCCCUUUUGCACAGACGGGAGAUGACGACCACCGUUUAUUGCCAUGGUGGAGGCUCCUGCAAGAUUUCAAUCAACUCUCACACUACUGCUGGAGAGGUGGUAGAGAAACUGAUCCGAGGCUUGGCUAUGGAGGACAGCAGGAACAUGUUUGCUUUGUUUGAGCAUAACAACUCGAUAGACCGGGCCGUGGAGAGCAGGGUGAUUGUGGCCGAUGUGCUUGCCAAGUUUGAGAGACUGGCAGGAAGUGAAGCGGAGGAAGACCGCCCAUGGAAGCUGUACUUCAAACUGUAUUGUUUCUUGGAUGUGGAGAGCAUGCCCAAGGAAGGAGUGGAGUUUGUCUUCAUGUUUGAGCAGGCUCAUGAAAGUUUAAUAAGCGGUCACUUUCCUGCCCAUGAGGACACCCUCCAGCACCUGGCUGCUUUACGUCUUCAGUACCUGUAUGGGGAUGUGUCUAAGGUGAACUGGAGCUUGGACAGUGUCUACCCCACCGGCCGUCUGCGCAACCGCAUACUUCAGUUCACCAAAGUAGGAGGCGCAGCCGGAUCAGGACAAACCCUGGAAAGGAGGAGAACAAGCUUUCUGGACGGCACACUGAGGCGGGGGCUGAAGACAGGCACCAUGAAGAAGCAGCGCAGCAUGCAGGAGGAACAAAUGAUGGAAAUGUGGAUCAAGGAAGAGACUUCAGCCACCAGGGCCAACAUUAUGGAAAAAUGGAGCCGGCUGCAUGGACUGGAUCAGCACCAAGCCAUGCUCAAAUACAUGAACAUUAUCAAAGAGUGGUCUGGGUAUGGAUCAACGCUGUUUGAUGUGGAGUGUAAAGAAGGCGGUUUCCCUCAUGAUCUCUGGCUGAGCGUGAGUGCCGAGAACGUGUCUGUGUAUAAGCGAGGAGAGGCCAAACCUCUGGAGACUUUCCCCUAUGAACACAUUGUCUUCUUUGGAGCUCCUCACGCCAGCACAUACAAGAUCACUGUGGAUGGAAGGGACAUGUUCUUUGAGACACCUCAGGUUGGAGAGAUCACCAAGAUAAUGAAAGCCUACAUCAACAUGAUAGUAAAGAAACGAUGCAGUGUCAGAUCAGUGGCCAGCUUUGGGAGCAACUGGAUCAGGUGAUGAGUUCUGACCAAUCACAGUCAAGACAAGAGAGACUGGAUGGAAAAAUGAACUCUUCAGGGAUGUGGAUUGAUGAAUGUAAGAUGAUGAUACAGGAACCAGUGAUAAGAAAUUCUGCAUGUGUGUAGACAACCACCCAUCUGACAACGUAUCAUGAUUGAAAUUUAAUAUUGUGUUAUGUGAAGUAGAAUUUUAGACCAAUGAGUUUCCACUGUGGGCGGGGCUACUAACAGACUGUCCUGUCAAUCAUCACUCGCUCCUUUAUCCCAUCACGCCCAUUUAGUACGUGGUGCAAUACUAGUUGAGCAGAACAUUUUCAUCGCCACCUCAGUCCUGACUGAUUCAACAUUCUCCCUUCUGCUUUUGGCCUAUUUCAGAUUUGAACACUCUGUGAAGUAAAAAUGGUCAAAACAUGGUCUUAAAUAUUAGACACAAAACAAUGGUUUGUUGAGAGCUUUCAAAGACUAAUAGUCUGAGGUGAUUGCACACAUCCUAGGCCUCGACAGCCAUGUUUGCCUUUCUCCACACAAGGGCUGGUCUGUGCAGAUGUGUGCCAUUUAGAUGGCUUCCUGUGUUACUGUUUAUCUGUUACCGUUCCUUAGGUCGGGAGAAUGAGGAAAAGUUUUUUCUGCCUGUCUUGCCAUUUCCAUCCAUGCAUUCUCUCAUGUGUAUUAUGCAAGAGGGGGUUAUUCACACAGUGCGUGUUUUUGCAUUCUACUGCACUGAUUUUCCAUUAAUGUAUUUCUAUUUAUAUGUAAACAUACUUUAGACGUGCUGUGUCUUUGUCUCAUACAUGACACAGCUUUCUAAAAAUAUGGCACUCAAGUGUUUUUUUUUUUUUUUAAACAUGUCUCUAGACCCAGAGUCUUGCAUUUUUGGAUUCCACUGUGCUGCAUUUCCAUUGUUUUUCUAAUUAAACAAAAUAGACGGAAGUAUUUGGUCCUUAGGGGCCAUUCACACAAAAGUGACACGUUUUUAAAAUGCAGUGUUGUGCAAGACGCCACAAAAGACCAGGACAAACACAGCAGUCAAACUUGUCCAUUAAGCACGUUUACACAGAAAAACAAUGUAAAAUGUGAAUGGCCUCUUCUGGGUUAAGCUCAGGUACAGUAUAAAACAUAAGCAAUAUCUCAACAUUUCAGUGCAGUGUUGUACUUGCUAUAGCAACGUGAUCUGACUGGUGAAGUAUCGCUGUACUGAUAUUUGCAGAAAAGCUAUGACUCUGUGCUAUUUCACACAGUAGGUCAGUUGUAAAAUCUUUCUUUCAAGAUAAAUUGAUGCAUUUCAGUUCAUAUGUCAACCCUCUUUUGAGACCGAUGUUUGGAAUAUGCUUGUCUUUCUUUCUUAAGAAUGUUUUUUAAGGAAGCCUGCAUACUUGUGACUGAUGACUUUGUGUGCCUAGAAGAGAGUGAAUAAUUAUGGGUGGGCUGGGUAUUUAUUCAGUGUUAGUGUCAUUGUAUGGAUGGUGAUAUUGAGUUGAUGGCAUGUGGUGUACAGACUCCCUACAUCAGUGAUGUAACUCAGUCAUAAUAUAAAUGGAGGAUGUCACAUGUAUGUGGUACCACAAUCUCAUUCAACGGUCUGUUCAUUGUUGCUCCAUUAAUUAAUAAUUCCGGUGAGCUGCUGGUCAGUUCACUGCCAUUGUGUGUCUCAUCAUCUUUAGUUUAGCAUCAAAAUAUUCCAGUUUGUGUAGAGGAUGAAAAUCCUUUUUUUUUUUUUUUUUGUAACUGGAUUUACAAAAUGCUUAAUAAAUUAUUUUAAUUCCAAAUUGGCGUGGAUUAUUUAAGUGUUGUCAAAUUAACUUAUAUUUUCCUCUGUGCUCAGCUUUUCCACAGUCUCAUGAACAUGAUUUAAAAUGAUAAAUUACUAUUUGCAUUCAUUCAUUCUCACAUUUCACUGCUGGUUAUAUAUGCUAUAUAUAAAUUUGUAUGUGACAAAUAAAAAUCUUGAAUCUUGAAUCAUUUUAUCUAAAUUCCCUUGCAUUAAGAAUAUUUUUGGAGAUUAACUGUUUGAUUUUGUUUUCGUUCAGCUUUGUAACAAAAUAUAUACAGAUGAUAUAGAGAUUAACAAAAAAGUGCAUUGCUGUGCAUUUUAGUUUUGUUCCCAGUGAAGGCACAGUGGUCCAUUAUCAGCAUGCAUCUAUCAGGUUGUUAGAGGUUUUUACAGUCGGAUUCGGGGUCCACAUUCUAUAAUCCAGUGUGCUUUAUAGAUUUAUCUCCUACACAUUUCUAAUGUUUUCUAAAGUGAAAUUAAUUUGUCUCUGCCUUUAUUAGUGUGUUGGCAUUUCAAUAUAAAUUGCCUGUGGUGGUUUUGAUUACGAUCUUAUUGUAUUUAACAAAGGGUUAAUUUGUCAGUGCAAUUUACAAAAGUCAAAUAAACUGUCAGAAAGAAAACCAUAAAAGUGAAUAUUGUACAUUUGUUUUCUGUUUACUGUAUAUGCUUUAAAAUGUAAAACUCUUUACCUAAAUCUUAUUAGUUAUACUGCUAGAAUACUGCUAUACUGGUUUUUUAUUUGUUAUGGUGAUGUACGUUUAUUUAUAUGUAAUUUGAAUUUAUUUAUAUACAUAAUUAUUUUAUAUGUGAUUACAUUUGGAAUAUAUUUCAUGUUUAAUCAUGUUUUUGUUUUUAUACAUAAGACCCCAAAGAAGUAAUGUUAUAUUUUUCAUUAAGCAAACGUAAUACACAUUAUCUUGUUGAAACUUGUUCAGAAUUGAAAUAAAUUUUGUAGUUAAA